AUGACAGUCAUGUCCCAUUCAAAGGAUCUCAAGGAUGACUUUCAUAGUGACACGGUACUCUCCAUUUUAAAUGAACAGCGCAUUCGGGGUAUUUUAUGUGAUGUCACUAUAAUUGUGGAAGAUACUAAAUUUAAAGCCCACAGUAAUGUACUAGCAGCUUCAAGCCUUUAUUUCAAAAAUAUUUUUUGGAGUCAUACGAUCUGUAUUUCUGGACAUGUCCUGGAGUUAGAUGAUCUUAAGGCUGAAGUGUUUACUGAAAUACUUAAUUAUAUCUACAGUUCCACAGUAGUUGUUAAGAGACAGGAGACUGUAACAGACCUUGCAGCUGCAGGGAAAAAACUGGGAAUAUCGUUUCUGGAAGAUCUUACAGACAUUAAUUUUUCAAAUUCCCCUUGUCCAUAUGCAUUUUGUAUAACUGAAAAAGGGGUGGUCAAAGAAGAAAAAAAUGAAAAAAGACAUGAAGAUUCAGCUAUCACAAACGGGCCAAGAAUCACAAAUGCUUUUUCAAUUUUUGAAACUGAAAAUAAUAACAAUUUGUUUUCUCCACUUGACUUGAGAGCAAGUUUUAAAAAGGUAUCUGAGACAAUUAAAGCAACCAAUGUUGGCCUUGAUAGGGAUGACGUUGGAAAAGAUGCUGAGCCAGCCAGUACGUUAGCUGAACACUCCUAUGCAGUUUCUUCUGGAGGUGAUGCUUUUCAAGGAACUCCUUUUUUAGAACAUGACAGCAGCCCUCUGUAUAAAAUGAGCGAAGACAAUUAUGAAACUCUUCAGACAACACCUCUACUUCAACCAAUAAAACAAGCAUGUGGUACACCAAAGAUGGCCUUUAAACCCCAGUGUACUGGUUUGGCUAUAACAAAAAUAUCAGCCCCCAAAGUAACCAAUACAGAGGUUCAACAAGAAGCAGUUACAGAUAAAGCGAUUAUUCCUUUUCCUCAUGAUAAGGCAGGAGACUUACUUUUUUCCACAGAAGAGGAAAAUAAAUCUGCUAACAUCCCUGGACCCAUAGCAACAGUUAUUCCACCUGUUUACAGAUGUAACUGUUGUACCAGAUCAUUUGAUGACAGAGCUUUACUCAGUACCCAUCUUCAGCUUCACACAAAUCAUCAGGAACCUUUAAUAUGCAAAUACUGCAGCAAACAAUUUGCAAAUCUUAACAGACUGGAGAAUCAUGAACAAGUCUGCAGGAGUUCAGGCAGCAUAUCUGUUCAGAGUGGAAAUGAACAAAAAAUGUUAGAUAACUAUACUACUACUGAUGAAAGAAAUGGAAGCUCACAUGGAAACACAGAGCCUCUGUUGUCUGAAAACAAUAUUACUGAUUACUCCAGUGCAAACUGCACCUUGCCAGAAACAGAUCAUUUGGUUAAAGUUGUUGAUGGGCAGAUAUUAUAUACAUGCAUAGUUUGCAAACGUAGCUAUGUAACACUGUCUAGCCUUCGAAGACAUGCAAAUGUGCAUUCAUGGAGAAGAACUUAUCCUUGCCAUUACUGCAACAAAGUGUUUGCAUUAGCUGAAUAUCGUACCAGACAUGAAAUCUGGCACACAGGGGAAAGGCGUUAUCAGUGCAUUUUCUGCCUUGAGACUUUCAUGACCUAUUAUAUACUAAAAAAUCAUCAGAAAUCUUUCCAUGCAAUUGACCAUCGACUUGCAGUAAAUAAAAAAACAGCUAAUGGAGGCUUAAAGCCUAGCAUGUAUCCUUACAAACUUUAUAGGCUUUUACCUAUGAAAUGCAGAAGGCUACCUUAUAAGUCCUACCAGAAUUCUUCGUAUGAAAAUGUACAAGCAAGCAACCAAGUUAAUGAAGCAACUUCUGGUACCUGCAUUAUUCAGAAUUCUCUCAACUCUGAACUACCUUCGCUGAAUUUUCAAAAUAAUAUAUUAACAAACAAUACCACUAUUUCCUUGAAUACAUCUUCGUGCAAUGAUGCAACAUCAUCUAUGAAUAUUCAGAAUGUUUCACCUUGGGCAGUAGGAAUGUUAAAUUCUGACCUACAAAGUGACUUUUUUACUGCAGAAAAAUCAGUGCCCCAAGCUGCAAAUGAACUUAGUUCUGGUUCUCAGGAAUGUGAUUCCUCCGUUCUGUCUUUCAGUAAUGUAAGUGAAAAUUCAACCUCUGUUAUUAACUAUAGCAGCUCAGCACCCUCGGUUAUAAUGCACAGUAGUAGAGUUUCAUCAGUAAUAAUGCACAGUAAUGCAGUCACUUCUAUGGGAAGCAGUAAGACAAUAUCCUCCAAUAAUACAGCCACUCAGUCCAUAAAAGAUGACUGUAAACAUGGGUCAGAUAAUUAUGGCAAAGGCAUUACUAAAGCAAAAACUAUUAAAGAAAAAAAGAAAACACUUCUGUACAAUAGAGGAGAAACACUCGAGGAGUUACAGUAUAUUACAGGAUCUGGAGGUUCAUCUAACAAGACUACAGAUACUGUUCAAGAAUCAAGUAAAACUGAAACCUACAUUGCAAAGCCUGCCUUACCUGGAACAUCUACUGAUAGUAAUGUUGCUCCUCUUUGUCAAAUAACAGUAAAAAUUGGGAAUGAGGCUAUUGUAAAAAGACAUAUUUUAGGUUCCAAACUGUUUUAUAAAAGAGGAAGAAGGUCUAAAUGUGAAUCUGAACAGGACAAUCAGCCUCAGGAGACUGAAACAGAGAGAAAAGAAAGAAGCCCAACUAGGCUUUGCAAAUCAGAAUGUAUGGAACUGACUGAAAUGUGCGAUGAUGUAAGUGAUCAGGAUUCCAAUGACAAACCUUGGAGACCUUAUUAUAAUUACAAACCAAAAAAGAAAUCUAAACAGCUAAGAAAAAUGAGAAAAGUCAAAUGGAGGAAGAAUCAUGGAAACAAGAACUCCAGUAGUGAAAGUGAAAAUACAUGCAAUAGAGAGUAUGCACUUAGAAAAAUUCCUGAAGAAAAGGGCAUCAAUAAAGAAGGAAACUCAGAAAUGCCUAAUCUUCAUUGUGAGCUCUGUGAGAGAGAGAAAUCUUCCACUGAAGAAAUCCAGGAACCUAUACAUUGGCAUGUACCUACUUCAAAGCCUUAUAUUUGUGAAUUAUGCCAAAAGCAGUUCCAGAGCCCAUCCACACUAAAAAUGCAUAUGAGAUGUCAUACUGGAGAAAAGCCGUAUACUUGUAAAACCUGUGGUAAGUGUUUUUCAGUUCCAGGAAACCUACAGAAACAUGAACGUAUUCACUUGGGUGUCAAGGAUUUUGUCUGUCAAUAUUGUAGUAAGGCAUUCACUUUAAAUGAAACGCUCAAAAUACAUGAAAGAAUACAUACUGGAGAAAAACGCUACCACUGUCAAUUCUGCUUACAGAGUUUUUUAUAUCUUUCUACCAAAAGGAAUCAUGAGCAAAGACAUGUACAUGAACACAAUGGAAAAGGAUAUGCUUGUCUUCAGUGCCCCAAAAUUUGCAAGACAGCAGCUGCUCUUGGAAUGCACCAGAAGAAACAUCUAUUCAAAAGCCCAAGUCAACAGGAUAGAAAAGAGUAUUUGUGUAAUGAAAGCUCUAAACAUUUGGAAAAUCAACAUUUCAUUGACUCAGAUGGGAACGAAGUUAAUAGUAUACAGAGUAUGACUCCAAAAGUUAUACUUUGA